GAAAAAACAUAGGGGUCCCGGUGACCUAACUCUGCCUCCGGGCCAUCGCCGGAGUUGCGCCGCCGCCCUAGUCUACAGUGCUACCACCACCUAGAUAGGCUACCUGCAGGUUGUGGCGUCGGAUGCUUCACCGUGCACUCGAACCCUACGAGAGUCUUGGAAGUUGCAACUCGCGCGACGGUAGCGAGGGGAAGCGAAGUCAGCAGACGGCAACAGAGUCCAGACGAGGGAGGGGAAGGCGGCUUCCGGCUCCAGCCGAGAACCCAAAAGGAGAUCCGGAAAACGACACGAGCACUGCCUGCCUGCGCACCGCCUCCAGUUGGCACUUGGCAGCCGCCUAUAAAUCCCACCGCGGGCCGGAUCCCCAUCGUCCUGCCCCCGUGCCCUCGCCGAUCAGCGAUCAACAAACCACUCCUUUCCUCUCCUCUCGUCAUGGUGCUGUAGCUGACAGAAGGCAUUCUUGGGAGUACUAGCGACUUACCGAGCCGAGCAAGCGCUAGCUCUCCAUGUCCAUGGCCGAUGCAAAGGACGACGCGGCAAUGGCGGAGGCCCAGCCCCUGGGACGGUGGCCGGUGCUGUCCUACGGCGUCGGCCACAUGCUGAACGACAUCACGUCGGCAUGCUGGUUCACGUACCUGCUCCUCUUCUUGCAGCAGAUCGGCCUUGCUCCCAGGGCCGCCGCCGUUGUGAUGCUCUCGGGCCAGGUCGCGGACGGGCUGAUGACGAUCCUCGCAGGCGAGAUGAUCGACAGGUUUGGCCGCUUCAAGCUAUGGCACAUCGGAGGGUCGGUCCUCGUCGGCUUCUCCUUCUCCUCGGUCUUUGGUGGCUGCCUGCUGUGCACCAUCCUGGGGACGGACUCGUACCUCGUGAGGACCGUGGGCUACAGCUUCUUCGCGGCGGUGUUCAACGUUGGCUGGGCGGCCACACAGGUCUCCCACAUGUCCAUGGUGAACUGCAUGACACUGAAUCCGACAAGCCGUGUAGCCUUAGCAAGCUGCAGAAACGCAUCCACUAUGGUCGCAAAUCUUGGUUUGUAUGGGAUUGCGUUAGGUGUCUUUGGCGCUAUAAAGGCGAAAGAAUACUCAGACAUUGUUACUCAGUACCGAUGGAUCGCGUACCUGUCCAUUUUCAUCGGAUGCUGCUUCCUGGUGGUCUUUCAUGCUGGAACCAAGGAGCCUACUUUGAAGUCUGAACCUAGCUGUAAGAAGGCGGCUCGGAUUUCCUGGGGGUACUGGUUCAAGAAGACCCUGUACUACCAAGUUGCUCUCCUUUAUAUGCUUGCGAGGCUGAUCACAAACGUAUCUCAGUCGCUCAUCGCUUUCUACGUCACCAGAGAUUUGAGAAUGAAUGAGUACUCGAAAGCAAUAAUACCAGCCAUCAUAUUCUGCUGCAGCUUCUUCGUGUCCAUCGUACUGCAGGAGAUCAAGUGGACCAGCCGGCGCCUCAAGUCCCUCCUCACCGUCGGCGCCACGCUAUGGGUCAUCUCCGGCGUGGCCGUCUUCGUCCUCCCGAGCCAGAUGAACAGCCUGAUGUACCCUCUCGCCAUGGUCAUCGGCGCCGCCAACGCGCUCGUCAUGGUCACGACGAUCGGGCUGGAGGGCGCGUUGGUAGGGGAGGACCUUAACGGCUGCGCCUUCGUCUACGGCUCCCUCAGCUUCCUGGACAAGAUCUCCUGCGGAAUCGCGCUGUUCGCGCUGGAAUCGUACGAAGACACGAUGGUGAGCUACGGCGAGACGAGGGGCCUCAACACGGUGAGCAGGUACGGGACGGGCCUGAUCCCCUCCUGCUUCGCCGUACUCUCCCUGGUGGUCACCUCCACGCUGAGGCUGCAGGACGACACCCCGAGAGCCGCUGCACUGGAUGCCCCGCUGCUUGUCUGAUUGUGACCGAAGAAAAAAAAAACCGGUGGUGUGAUAUUGUCGCUCGCUCGGGUUGGAAGAGAGAAGAAAUGUGCAGCCUCUUCAAUUAGGUUUGAGGGGGGAUACGUCGCCUGCUUUCAAUUAGUUUUGAAACGGGCCACUUUGUAAUAAAAUUUUCCAUUCCAUUCCGUGGCGUUGGCAUCAUGGCAUAUAAACAGAUUCAUAGUCUUGGUGUUAAAAAUGUAUGAGAACAGGUUGCUAUAAGUAACUUUUAAGGGCUCUUUGGAACAAAGCAAAUACGAAGGAUUCCUCCCCUAUAAGAAAAA